AUGCAGGCUCUCCAGGUUGCUGCCCUAUGCCUUUUAAUGGCUCUGGAGCCAGUGAAUUGCCAGCAAGCCCGGGGAAAUCUCCAGCCAUGGAUGCAGGGGCUUAUUGCAGUGGCCGUCUUCCUAGCCCUGGUGGCAAUCGCUUUUGCAGUCAAUAAGUAUUGGUGUCAAGAAAAAGAGGAAAAUAUGGAGUCGGUGGUCACCAUAGGAGACACGAAGGAAGAGGCUGUCAUAUCCAACGGGACCGAGGGGAGGUAUUCAAUCACAGCAGCUGAUUUCAGGUCCAAAGAAACCCAGCACGCCUAUGAAAAUAUCGUUGAGUAUGAGGGGAAAGUCAUCACUACUCCAAUGUAAGAGCCGCCUUCGAGGAUCGCCCAUUUCAUGCCAUCCUUUUUCGCCCCUCUCCAAUUCUAACUUGGCAUCCCUGUGCUGUGGUCGGCUCUAUAGCUGGGAGUCAUCGCACCUGGA